AUGAAGCUCCCAGAUCCCGUCAAAUAUGUCGAACGCGCCUUGCCACUCAUCACGAAGCCAGAAGUGGAGGAGUAUUUCGGGCCGCUAUUUCUCCAUGGGUGGUCGUUAGCUGGCAUGAAGUUGACUGAAGACACUCCAAAGACGCCCUUUCUCGUGGCAAUACUGGCAUUCAAAAGCCUCAAGGCGUCGCGCAAGCUGCUUCAGCGCCUGUUAUCACUCGAGGGGCAGGAAAACCACCACACUUCCUUCAACCUUCUGUCAACGGGAAAACAUCCAAUUUUGACGAUUCUCAUUCAAACGCACUCUGCUCGGCAUUACGAUCCAGAAGGCACCAUCUCCCCUGGAAUAACGCUCCGAGAUAUCCGCCUUGCAGUAUCACUUCAGAAGUUCGCUGAAGAAGCCGACCUUCUGGUACCGCAGGAACUGUCGGGAGAGUUGGACAAAGAGACUUGGGAAGCAUUGCUUGACGCUUACCCCUGGCCUUCAGAAGAUUCAUAG